AUGUCGACAAUCUUCUUUGUCGGCGUAUUUCUUUUCGCCGACGAAAGGAUACCUUUAUCUUCCCCGUUAAAAAGUGUCCUGUAUUUUUCCACAAUCACGUCGAGCGUGAUCACAUCCGUUCUCUAUCCUCCCAGUUCCUUGACCAUUGUUGUCUAUGCCAAUGCAUUCUUCUCGAUUGCUUUCGCUCUUCGCGCUGUUGAACUGCUCGUCAUCAACCAGCCUUCCCGGUUGAAAAGACUACAAAGGAUACAUGUAGAUCACACUUCACCCCCGGUGUAUUUUUGGCGCCCGAUGCCACCAGUGUUGAGUUUCGCACGGCUCGUAUACGUCUGCGACCUGCUUCUCAACCCACGAGGUAUCGGCUGGGCGCACGGCUCAAGGAAGUACCUGCCGCCAUUGGAGAAACUGAACGUCAAGUCUGCAACCGAAAAUGGGAAUGUAUCUUUUUUGAAGGAAAGGGAACAUUUGGAGAACACCAAAUUCAUUCUAAAAGAUCCGACCGAAAACCGGGUCAGUUUCCUCGCGAAAGAAGCCCUCAAGCUCAUCAUCGCCUACGUCGUCUAUGACACCUACAGAACUUUUUUCGGGCGCAACUACACUCAAUUCUGCUCUGGUUUCCAUUCUUUGCUGAAUUCAUCCAAACUCCACCCUGCCGUGAUACAAUAUCUAGGUCUCGAAAUUCGAACGUCUCCUGAAACAAGCGCAGCAUUCGUGCGCCGGUAUCUCCUACCUCCAGCGUGCUGGGCAGCCUGUUGGGCCUUCGUCGAUGGUAUCCGUGCCACGGUCGCCCUGUUUUCUGUGGGUGGGUUGUAUAUCGUGUCUCCGUCUUUGGCGGCAGACCCCUGGAUGUACCCAGAUGUCUUUGGUUCAUUGCGAGAUUUGUUUGGCUUUCGAUUAAAAGAUAUCUGGGGCAAACUUUGGCAUGACCUUUGUCGGCGUGCGUUAAUUAGCAGUUCCACAGCCGUCGUCCCACAGCAGACACCUCUCGCUCUGCGCAGAGUCCUGAUAGGUGUUUUCUCCUUUAUAAUAUCAGGCUUCGUACAUGCUGCAGGGACGUAUGCUGUUAAUAGGGACACCCACGCCGUAUCCAUGAUGAUCGCCUUUUUUAUACUCCUACCCAUUUGUAUUGUUGUGCAAGAAUUGGUAUCAAGCCACAUCCUUGAGCGAUAUACCCCCAAUUGGUGGAUCACGAGGGCUCUUAUUAGGGUUCUAAAUGCGGCGUACGUUCUCUGUUGGGGCUACCAUACGGCACCCUGGUUCUUCAGGUAUAGUAUGAUCCCAGAGUCCUUGGUAUCUAUUCCUAUUCCUGAAACCUGGGGCAUCUGGUAG